UCAACAUCAUCGUAGGCGAAUUGUUGGUGUUUAGAAGUCAGUGAUUUAGUUGGUUGUUGUCGAUGUAUUCUCAAAUGAUUUUGGGAAGAUUGGUGCGUUGACGCAAAGUGAGCCAAACUGGAGCUAUUACUGCAAACUAAGGAUGGCAUAAAAAGGAUGUCACUGGUGCAGGUGCGAUUGGCCCGGGACUCCUUGCAGACCCCGUGGGGCUUCCGGCUACAAGGGGGCAAGGAUUUGAGCCAGGAACUCGUCGUUCAGAGGGUAUUCGCGAACACACCGUCCGAGGGAGAGCUGCAGCGCGGUGACGUCAUUGUAGCCAUCAACGGAAGGGACACAUCAAACCUCUCUCACAAGCAGGCGCAGGAUGCAAUAACCGGUGGUGGCGGACAAAUAGAGUUGCUUGUUCAAAGACCGCUAGGCCCAGUGAGCAUCAAACCACUGACUCCCAAAGUCGACACCCGGGCACCCUCUUUCCCGCAAUCCCCCGUUAGAGCUCCGCAGAUUGUUAUUCCGGUGUACAAGCCAGGCAAGUCUGGUCCUAAGUCGCCGGUUCGUAUCGUGCCAAUCUCGCCCCACAAGCCAGCUUCCCAUUCCGACACCGGAAGCACGCACGCAGCAACCGACAACAUGGAUAGUGCAGGUUUCAUGCCCAAGAAGGUCACCCUCAACAAAUUUGGAGGCGGCACCACGAAUUUCGGAACGUCUUUUGGUUCAGCGCCGGGUGGACCUCAGUCGCCACAGCGCGCUACGCAUGCGCAGGGUUAUCGACCGGUAGCUGCUCCUGCGCAAGUGCAUACGCAGGAGACGCAGGUUAACUAUCAGACACAGUUCUCUGCGCCGCAACAGUCUCCACAUUCGUCCUAUACAGCGGAAGAUCGAGGGGUGGAGGAGGAGACGUUGGGAGGGGUGAACGAACGCAGACGAACUUUCAUCCAAAAAGAUCAGCGCUCGAACAGUGCCCUUGGGUCCGACGAGGACGACUACCCAACCGCCCCUGUCUGGGAGAGACGACAACUUUUUGGGAAAAAAGCUCCCUCCCGCUCAGCCGUACCAAGAUCCCGUAAAUCCCUUCCCACUUUCGGCCGACCUCGGGCAGGCGAGGAGGCAUCCUAUACCACCUUUGGGGUCGACUACUCCAAACCCCUUCCCAAACCGCAACCCUCCAAACACUCGGGCGCCACAAGGGCUCGACCUCCGCCCGUGAACGCCCGCAUCGACGAGACCGACUCCGGCUCCGGGUGGACAGGUACGCUCCGAGGCGAGAGUAAGCAGCUGAAGCCAUGGGAACGGGAGGCUUUGGAGAUGGAGCGCUACCAGAGCGGCACGGUAGACCAGCCCUACCGCCCGCACACGCAGCCACCAGUGGCUCCGAAACCUAAAAUAGUUCAGAUAUCCGCACAGUCGACGGUGCGAUCCUCUGGACAGCCGUCCUCCGGGGGUCAAAGCCACAGGUCUGUUUCCCCAUCUGUCCCACCAAAGCCGAGCCGAACCUCGGCGAGUCGGCCGGAUCACGGGAACCACUUGUCCACGGUCUUUAAUUCCGCCCCCGAUAAUGUUUCAGGCGGUCAUCGCGGGCCGGCCGGCGGUUCGAAUGUUGUGCACUUGCAGUACAACUCGCCUAUCGGGCUGUACUCUAAGGACAAUGUUAGGGACACGUACAUAGGUCAGACACAGGCCAGGGCUGCUUCUCAUUCUCCUGGCGGUGCGCAAGUGAAGCCGGCGGUUCCAGGGGAUAGAGACUGGAACAACUCGUACGUUUACCAGAUGGUACACUCGAGCGAGAAGACCACCUCCUCUUCGGCCAGUGGUCGCCCGGGGCAGCCGAUGACUGGCGAGACGGUGACCACCACCCGGCGCACGGAGGAGUCGCGAUAUCCGGGACAGGAACCUCAGCGCCACGUGACGGAGACGGUGCAGCGACAUCCAAUCACUGACUACAAGUACGACAACGCCAUUAUGAUGUCAGAUUUCUAGACUGACCGUGCAAGCGCACGAACGGUUAAGCAAUUUUUUGUUGCUGCACAACAUUUGGCGUGCCAGUAUUUUCUUAGAGUAGAUAGGUUUUAAUCUGUUUAAACACAAAUAAAAUCCAAUGCCUGGAGAAUAAUUAAAACAGUAUUCUUUGGAGCCGUUGUGUAUUUCGAUUUUUAAUAAAAAAUGCUGCUUUUAUACUCCACGAAAGUGACAACCAUUGAAAUAACAUAAGCUGACUAUGUUUCCCCCAAAAGAUAUCGCCUCCAGUAUUUGUAAUGAUUGCAAAGACCCUUAACAUAAUAUAUUAAACCCACGUUUUGUAUAUAUUUUUAAUGCGCAAUUGUCAACAAUGGUCGACUGUGUUGAAGUUAUUUUGCUCGCACAUUAUUUAUUAACGUAUAGUUUUUUGUAUUUAUGAUAUCGCCGGAACUGUGCAAUAUAGUGAUUUCCGUCCCUAUAGUUAAGCGAAAAUGAGUCCGCAUGUGUGUGAAUGAUAGUAGGUUGGUCCGUUGCUGUAGAAAGACAGAACUUUGGGGAAAAAAUGUAAGAUUUAAUAACAUAUAUGAAAUCAAUAACAUUAUUUGAAAUGUCCAUUUGUAAAUCAAGGACUUAAUGCCAAUCGUAUAUUGUUACAACAUAAGGUACCGGUUAUUUUGACAUUUACUUAAUCAACACUUUAAACAUUUUUCUUUGAUUUAUUUCCUUAAAUGAUAUCUUACUAUUUGAUGGUGAUAUUAGAAUAGGUCUACCUAUUUUUGUGAAGUUUUCAGUUUUAAAAGACUGAACAGUUUUUCCGCGUGAAACCAUAUGCGUUACUAAUUCAUAGUUCAAUGUCAUUACUUUUUCUUCAGCAUUUUUAUUAGAAAAUAAUAAUAUUCAUGCUUUAAAUACUUAUGAAAUUAAACCAUACUGUGCCGAAUGAAGUCUGCACAGUUAUGGCCAUUAUUAACGAAUACAUGUACAUGCAAGAUUAUAAAUUGAACUUGUUUGCCUCUUGGAUUGUUAAAUAGAAGAUUUCAUUGUUAACUUUUUAUGUAAAUAUUUAUUUGACUGCGUUAUGUUUUGUUGUUUAAUGAAUGAACUACCCAUGUGUGUGAGUCUAAAUAGAAAAUAAAAGAAAGUGAUUGCCUCAAA